AUGCGUGCCUUUAUCGUUUUGUCUUUGGUAGCUGUGGCCUGUGCCCAAUACAAUUAUCAGCCUGGCAGCGGCAAUGGCGGUGGUGUUGGUGGAGGAGUUGGAGGAGGCUUCAGCGGUGGUAGUGGUGGAGUUGGUGGAGGAUUUAGCGGCGGUAGCUCUGGCGGUGUUGGUGGAGGAUUUGGCGGCAGCAGCUCCGGUGGAGUUGGUGGAGGCUUCGGCGGUGGCAGCUCUGGCGGCGUUGGAGGAGGAUUGGGCGGCUCUCCUUCGGGCGGUUUCGGUGGAGAUUUUAACAAUGGCCCCUCUGACUUUGGAUCCUCAGUUCACUCCGCUCCCGCGUCUGUUGCUGCUGCGCCCGUCGACAAUCAAUUCAUCACCUAUACCGUAGAUGAGAAUGACUUCCAUGAUCCUGAAGCUGAGCGUAAGGCCGCUUCAUUGAAGGCUGCCAGUCGUGUUGUUUUCAUCCGUGGACCCUCCAACAAGGGUCUUGAAGAUGCCAUCCUCAACUUGAGCAAGAAUGCUGCUCCUCAAACCGCCAUCUAUGUGCUCAACAAACAAACCGAUUUCGCCGAAUUGGCCAACAAGUUGAACACUGCCAAUGAGAACAACAACAACCGCCCUGAGGUUCACUUUGUCAAAUACCGCACCCCCGAAGAUGCUGCCAAUGCCCAGGCUGCUAUUCAAGGUCAAUAUGAUGCUUUGGGCGGUAGCUCAAAGACCAUCAAUGGUGGUGUUGCUCCCAGCUUGAAUUUUGCUUCUCAAGCUCCAGCUGGUGCUACUUAUCAGCCAUCCGCUCCAGCUAACUCCUACUUGCCAGCAUCUGUUUUGCGUUUGCUCCGCCACUAA